AAGCAGCCUGUCACUUGAACCUUCACAAUCUCCAUCCCCCUAUCCAACGGUUCAGUGCAACUUUAACAGACAGAGACGGUGGCAUCAUCAUGUUGGUUUUCCUCUUCCUGUUGGGCCUGGCUCUGGGUGCUGUGUCUUCUUCAGAUGAACCUCCAAUUGAGCUACAGCAAGACACCUGUCCCUCCUUCUGGUUCUCCUUCAACGGCCGCUGCUACAAGUACUUCAACACAGAGACGACCUGGGCUGAUGCAGAGCUCUACUGUGUUUCCCAGGGAGGCAACCUGGUGUCUAUCCACAGUACAGAGGAAGAGGAUUUUGUCAAACUCCUGAUCACUAAAUCUGACCAUGCUGAGGGAUAUACCUGGAUCGGACUCAGUGACAUCUACGAAGAAGGAAGAUGGAUGUGGUCUGAUGGGUGUGCAGCCAAGUAUUUAUUUUGGUAUAAAGGAGAACCAAACAACAGCGGACUAGGUGAAGACUGUGUACUCAACAACUGGAGGGGGAAGUGGAAUGAUGCACCUUGUUCAACAUUUUUUCCCUCAGUUUGUGCAUCUCGCACAACUUGUCCUUAGCAGCUGAGCUGUUACGUGUUCACCUGUUUUGUUAACAUGAUAACAAUAAAGACACAGAUGUACACUUGGAUCUGUG